UCUCUCUCUCUAUCUAAAUCUCUCUCUAUCCUGUCUUGUCGCUCUGGAGCUGGACGGUAUUAUUAUAUAAACUCCAGCGCUGAAGAGUUUUGUAACUUGCGAUUUGUGAACUUCAUCUUCUCCUUCUCACUCCAAGAAAAAAAAACAAGAACAAAGAGACCUCACGAAUCAUCCUCUCAAGAAACAUACGAGAUUCAAAAGAAGAUUCAAGAAGAGUUAACAGAAAGUUUCAAGAUUCCUUGAGCGAGCUUUUUCAAGUGCCAACCGUAUAUUCGAGGUCAGAGCCUCUCUGUUCUCAUUGGGAUCUGCUGAAUGGGUGUAUCAUUCUCCUGUCCCUUCGCCGAGCAAGACGAAGUGGAGGCUGCUCUAGACUCCGUCACGGUUAAGUCCAUAAGCUUAGGUGACGACGACGAGUGCAAAACUCCAAAGAGAUCUGUCAACUUCAACGACAAAACUCUAGAGCCCACUAUCUUGAAAUCUAUGGGAUCUGGUGGUAAGAUGGUUGUUGAGAAAUCCGUUAGCUUCAAAGGGAUGCAGCUAGAGAGGAUGAUCUCGCUUAACAGGUCGGUUUUGAAAGAAGAUUUCACCAAAGAGAAUGGCUUCGAGCUAGAAGACAAUGCCAUCUCAGUUCUUGAUCCGAGUAACCCUAAACAUGAAGCUGCCAUCAAGUUACAGAAAGUUUACAAGAGCUUCCGUACUAGGCGAAAGCUCGCUGAUUGUGCAGUGCUCGUGGAGCAAAGCUGGUGGAAGCUAUUGGACUUUGCUGAGCUGAAGAGAAGUUCUAUAUCAUUCUUUGAGAUUGAGAAAAACGAAACAGCAGUAUCCAGGUGGACUAGAGCUAGGACCAGAGCAGCUAAGGUUGGUAAAGGUUUGUCAAAGAAUGAAAAGGCACAAAAGCUUGCUUUACAACACUGGCUUGAAGCUAUUGACCCGAGACAUCGGUAUGGACACAACUUGCACUUUUACUACAACAAGUGGCUUCAUUCUCAGAGUAGAGAACCUUUCUUCUACUGGCUUGAUAUUGGCGAGGGGAAAGAAGUAAAUAUUAUGGAGAAGUGUACUAGAUUGAAACUUCAGCAACAGUGCAUCAAGUACCUUGGUCCGAUGGAAAGGAAAGCUUAUGAGGUUAUUGUGAAAGAGGGCAAGUUCUUCUACAAGAACAGUGGAGAAAUGCUUCAAACUUCAUCAAUGGAAGAUAGUGAUUCCAAAUGGAUCUUUGUGCUCAGCACAUCUAAAGUGUUGUACAUUGGGAAGAAGAAGAAGGGUGUGUUUCAACAUUCAAGCUUCUUAGCUGGAGGAGCUACUGUUGCUGCAGGAAGAUUAAUUGUUGAGAAUGGUGUUCUCAAAGCUGUUUGGCCACAUAGUGGUCAUUAUCAACCUACUGAAGAGAACUUCUUGGACUUUCUUUCUUUCCUUGGAGAGAACAAUGUUGAUAUCACUGAUGUAAAGAUGAGUCCUACAGAUGAAGAUGAGUUCUCCAUCUUCAAACAGAGAAGCACUCAUAUGAGAAACCAUUCUUUGGAAGAGGAUUUGGAGGCUGAGAAGACUGUGAUGGCUGAUCCAAGAGAGGAAGAAACAACAACGGUGAUGGCUAAUAUCGAAACACCAAUAGUGAUUGAGUCUGAAUCAAUGCCUUCAGAGCAGAGCUCACCAAUAGGAGGAGGAGGAGAAGAAGAAGAAGCCAAGGAGAGUGAAGUAGUCAAGAUUCCAGAAGAAUCAAUCCUAAAAAGGAUAAAUUCGAAGAAGGAAACUAGAUCUUUCCAACUUGGGAAACAACUAUCAUGCAAAUGGACAACAGGUGCAGGACCAAGGAUCGGUUGUGUGAGAGAUUACCCAUCAGAGCUUCAGUUUCAAGCUCUGGAACAAGUCAACUUGUCUCCGAGAAGUGCUUUUGGUUCAAGACUCUACUUCUCCUCCUCCUCUCGAACGCAAAGGCAUCAGAUGUCACCGUUAUGGCGAGGAAUGUCAUUACCUGCGGACAUCACACAGUUAUAACUUAUAACUGAUGAAAGUUAUUGAAAUCUUAUCUAUUCUUUUUGUGUGAAUAGAGAAGAUGAUGACUUAGAAAUUCUUUUGUAUCAUUUUUUUCUCCCCAGAGCAGCAUUUCAUUUGUUUAUUUGGUUUCUUGUGAAACAAGAAAUCGCAGGUUAAAAAGUGUUUUAGAUUCUUUUUCUAGGCUUUAAGACACGUUUUUAAAAACUGUUCUUCACUUUUACCUUUCUAGCUUGAUUUUCAGGAAAACUCAGUGACCUAUGGACGGACUUGUGUUGUGGUAU